GACAGACCUAAAUUUUAGAUUGCUCUACUAUUUGGUAACUUUAAUUAUUCUUUAUGUGAUAAUUUUAUGGUUACCAAAUCCUGAUCUUGUACAAAGGCCAGAAAGUUCUCUGGCUUCUGCUGCUGUUUGCUGGUGCUGAGCAUUUUGUAUCACACAAAGCAGCACAUGGAAAGAUGGCAGAAGGUUGCUUUGCAAGAAAACUGUCUUCUUUUUAGUGGGAAGAUACACUGAAGACAUUUGCUCCAUGCCAUACCAAAUGAGUAUUUCCUUCCGCUUCUUCCACCUGUAAUCUGAAGUGCAUUUAUUAGUUCAGGAUUCACUAAGUACACAAGGAAAGAUGCCAGAAUCCUUUAAACAUGUAAGGAUGUUGGGUCACUUGACACAACCAGUUAAACCAGUAACAUCCCAUAGUGGUUACAGCUGGCGGAGUCUGAUGAUCAGAAAGGGCGACAAGCUGAUCUGUGUAAGAGCUUCCCAACAAUGAGCACAACUCUUAACAACGUUCUAGCUUCUCUGCAGAAAAGUGGAACGUUUAUCAAUUCUUUAAUUGCUGCUUUGACUAUUGGUGGGCAACAACUGUUCUCCUCUUUCACAUUCAGAUGUCCCUGUCAGGUUGGGAAAAAUUUCUAUUAUGGUUCUGCUUUUCUAGUCAUUCCUGCUGUGAUUCUUCUGCUUGCUGGCUAUGCUCUAAGAAGCCAGAUGUGGAUAAUUACCAGUGAAUACUGCUGCAGCUGUGCACCUCCACGCCGGAGAAUCAGCCUCCUGGAACGCAAGCUGGCUUGCCUCAGGUUCUUCAGCAUCACGGGGAGAGCACUUGUUGCACCAUUAACGUGGCUGGCAGUGACCCUGCUGACAGGCACUUACUAUGAGUGUGCAGCAAGUGAAUUCGCAUCUGUUGACCAUUACCCAGUGUUUGAGAAUGUCAGUGCCAGCAAACGGGAAGAGAUCCUAGCUGGGUUUCCAUGUUGCAAAUCAGCUCCAUCUGACAUGAUGCUGGUAAGAGAUGAAGUAGCACUUCUGCACAGAUACCAGUCACAAAUGCUGGGCUGGAUUUUGAUCACCUUGGCAACCACCGCUGCCCUUGUCUCCUCCUGUUUGGCCAGGUGCUGCUCUCCCCUCACCUCUCUGCAGCAUUGCUACUGGACCAACCACCUCCACAAUGAGAGAGAGCUCUUUGAACAAGCUGCAGAACAGCAUUCACGGCUCCUCAUCAUGCAGCGCAUAAAAAAACUAUUUGGUUUCAUUCCUGGAAAUGAAGAUAUCAAACACAUCCGUAUCCCUUCAUGCCAGGAUUGGAGAGAUAUUUCAGCACCCAGUCUUCUCUGCAUGGGUGAUAACUUGCAAGGUCACUAUAGCUUCCUUGGGGACAGGGUGGAUGAGGAUAAUGAGGAAAGCAAAUCAGGAGGUAUUGAAUUAAAACCCUGAUUAUAGCACUUUCACAAUUCAGGUAGCUAAGCAGAUACUUUAUUUUUAUGAUGAUGGAGUAUCAAUGUAAUCUCUUCAUCUUUUUCUCUCUCUUCUGAUAUUUGUUUACCUAAGUUCAUCUGAAAUGCUGUUUUCAAAAUCAGUUUAUCUGAUAAUUGUGCCAAUCUCUCUUUUUGAAGUUUUACUGAUGGUUUGAUAAUGGCAAUAUUAGCCUAAUUAAAGUAAUACAUAAUUUUCAGUCAUAUCAAGAUCUAAAUCUUGGUUUGGUUACUUAGUAACUGUGUGAAAAUUAAUAUUUUUGAGUGCCAUUUUGUUAUCUGUACUUGGUAUUUACCUCAUAGAGAUGUUGUGAGGACAAAGUGUGAUAAUAUAAGCAAAGUGCUCAGCAGAGCACCUUUCAUAAAAUACGUGCUAAUAAGCGUUACUUUUUCCCUUCCUUAGUGUCUUCUAUCACUAUUUUUCCUGUUUCUAAUUUCUGGUUUUCUUUAUUUCUACCUCUAUAUUAUCCCAGAAUUUUUGCUGCUUCCUCCUCUUUCUUCAAGUUUAAAUAUCUGACCUUUUGGGGAACCAGGAUAAAGAACCUUUUCUAAACUGGUCACAUGUAAGGGAGAAACACAUCUGUGAAAGUCUUAAGUCAUCCUGCCAUAACCAGGGGAAUAUGAUGCAUUAUUGUAUUAUCAUUAGUAUCAUAAAUGUUAUUUUAGCACUUCCAUACUAGGAGCAUUUUUAUAGCUAUGACAUAUAAAGUUUAUUCUAGAGAGCUUUCCCUGUGUGGUCCACUACAGAGACACCCCCUGUGACUUUUUAUUAUCAAAAUGCAACUUUGCACUCAAAUUUCAUUUGGGAAAGCAAGGCUUCAUGGAAGAAAUAGUCUAUUUUAUGUGAAAUACGGGUUCCUUAGCAUAAUAGAAACAAAUAGAAAAUGAAUUUUAAGGAAACAAAUUAUUUUUAAAACCAGUAAGAGAUGCAUAGUGUAAUACUUUGUUAGGACAGGAGGUUUGCCCCUUACUAUUACUUAAUGGACAAGUCAAUUAGUUUCAUCUAUAAAAUAAGGAUAAUGGUACCUUACCUGCUAGAAGGCAAGGAACUGAACCAAAUGUAUUCUUGAGAUUCCCUUCUAAAUCUAAUAAGAUUUUUAUGUUAAUGUUUAUAUGCAUACAUGUCAAUAUGUAUACAAUGUGUAUACAAUGGUUGUAGGCCCAGGUUGUUUCUAUUGGAAGGAAAAUACCACUGAGUUUAAUUCUAAGCUUUCUCUAAAGACAUUUUCUGGCAUUCCUUUUUUUAUUUUUUUUGAGAGGGCAUCUCUCAUAUUUAUUGAUCAAAUGGUUGUUAACAACAAUAAAAUUCUGUAUAGGGGACUCAAUGCACAAUCAUUAAUCAACCCCAAGCCUAACUCUCAACAGUCUCCAAUCUUCUGAAGCAUAACGAACAAGUUCUUACAUGGUGAACAAGUUCUUACAUAGUGAAUAAGUUCUUACAUGGUGAACAGUGCAAGGGCAGUCAUAUCACAGAAACUUUCGGUUUUGAUCACGCAUCAUGAACUAUAAACAAUCAGGUCAAAUAUGAUUAUUCGUUUGAUUUUUAUACUUGAUUUAUAUGUGAAUCCCAUAUUUCUCCCUUAUUUAUUUUUUUUAAAUAAAAUGCUGAAGUGGUUGGUAGAUGCAAGAUAAAGAUAGAAAGCAUAAUUUAGUGCUGUAAGAGGGCAAGUGUAGAUGAUCAGGUCUGUGCCUAUAGACUAAGUAUUAAUCCAAGCUAGACAAGGGCAACAAAACAUCCACGGAUGCAGAAGAUUUACCUCAAAACGGGGGGAGGGGGGUGAGGUUCUAAGCCUCACCUCUGUUGAUCCCCAAUUUUUCACCUGAUGGCCCCCCUGUGACUGUGCCUGUCUUAGGUUGUUCCUCCCUUGAGGAAUUUUACCCGUCUCUGGCUAACCAGCCAUCUUCCGGGGCCAUACAGGUGGCAUUCCAUUUUUAAAAGAAUAUUAAUCUACUGAUCUUUUUCAAGCAGCCAAGGAAAACUAUUCUACCUAACUCUAUUUGCAGUACUGAUAUGACAUUACAGGAGGGAUCUUUAAAAAAGUAGAAGCUGCAGUAGGCAACUAGGGUCCUGGUUUAGCUCUGAUAUAAAUGAGCUGUGUAAAUAUCAAAGGCCAACCUCUUUGUUCUCUAUAGUCUCCUUCAGCCCUAAAAUUCUAUCAUCCUAUUUAUCUAAGAACUUUUGAAAUUCCACUGUAUUGGGACAUACUAGUUAAAUCAGUACUUUAUCCUAUGCUCAAUUAUUUUAUUCAUUUUCAGGGAAUAUACUACAGUAAAUACUUUUCAGUAAGAUUUUUCAAUUAACAGCAAAAUCAAAGAGUAUAUGAAGUUAAAGCAUUAUGUCAUCAGAAAGAUAAUAGUUGUUUAUACACUCUAACACCAGGAAACAUUCUUUCUACUAGAUUCUGGAAGACCUUUCUACAUCAAACAGUUUGAAACUAGGACAUACACAGUUUAUAUCUGAGCCAGUUAAUCAUGACCUUCUACUAUAGCUUUCUAGCAAAAGAUUAUAGUUAUUCUUUGAUUCCUCCACAUGGCUUCAAAGGGCUUUAUAGCAUCUAUGUGAACAUUUAAAAGUUAGUACACUUUCUUGGCCUCAUUGUGUAUUUUCCCUUUCAGGUUAAAUAAGCUUCUAGUCUUUUUUUUGGUCUAGAGUAUUCUUUUGUUCCACAGCCAGUAAGACAAAACUUUUCCAUUAAGAACACUGUACUUCCUCCCCCUUAUGCUUAAUGGAUUUAUGUAAUUUUAAUACAUAUAAUUAAAAUCAAUUAUGUGCUAAUACUACCUUACAUUUAGCUCCCAAAUGCUUUUGGCUACUACAUCAAAUACUGUAGCUUGGCAUAUAUACAGACUUGCUCACUUCUUAGCUUCAUAUUUGUGAGUUCUCCCAUCCCCCACCUCAAGCUAAAUUGCCUUCUCUCCAAGAGACAAAUACAAUCGCAAUGUUCAGAUGUUUUUCCUAGCUUUGUUUAUGUUUUCCAAAGGCAAAUUGAAGAAGCAUACUUAUACUCAUCGUCUUUGUUUCCUUUCUUUUUUCUCAAUCUCCAGUUCUAUUAAAAAAAAUUCUAAUGCACGAUUGUCGUAAGAAACACAAUGUGAUUUUUUUUGCACUCUGUUUGUAGCUCAGAGGUUAAAAUCAUAUUAACUUUAAAACUGAAAUAUCACAGCCAACCAAAGGCCUUCCAAAUGCAAACCAGGUAGCUAUCUACUACCUCAAAAUAUAAGGUGUAGAGAUACAAUUUGGCUUUUAAAUACAUCUACCAAAAUUUAGCCCUGGUCACUAAAGAACAGAUAUUGAUUGGCAGGCUGCCCUCUGAGUAGGCAGCUACACAGACUAGCUCCCUGACUGUGGGGCACAAAUCUAUAAAUGUGACUCCUGGGUCAAAGAGCAAUGGCUGGUAUUUCCAGGGAGGCAAAUUACAUUAUUCCAGAUCUGCGUUAUUAUUCUGUAUUAACUACCAGCUGUGAAUAAAUUUUUCUAAUCUCAGUACGCCAUACUUAAGAAAUUAAUUUAAGUAUUCUUUCCUCUGCUGCCUCCCUGUGGCCCAGACAUGAGUCUGCACCCAUCUUCAAUGAGCAGUAGUGAAAAUAAUAUGCAGUGCUUGGUAUGUGCCAAUCACUCAAAACAAAUUGUCCCAUUUACUCCUUAUAACAAACUGGUAAAAAGAGUCACAUAUUAUAAAAUGACUUACUGAAGUUAUGUUAAAUAACAGAGAAUGUGAAGGAAUUUUGCAUAAAGUCUUAUGCAACGAAAGCUUUCUCAUUGAUGUAAUAAUUUUAUUGGAUAACUGGUGAAUCAUGAGCCAUAAUUGGAAUCCAAUAAAAUAAGCUCCUCCAUUUUACUGAUGAAGUAACUGAGAUACAGAGAAGUCAAGAAAUUUGCCAAAGGUUACAUACCUGUAAGUGUUAGAGCCAGAAUCCAGACUGGGGGUCUGACUUCUUACCCUGCAUUCCAUAGCAUUGUGCUGGAAUACAGCAACUUGAGGCACUUUUUCAAUUUUCUAGGGCUCUCUAAGUGUUAGGAAAAUACUUUUCUGCCUGUCAAUAAAGAACUAAACCACCCUGAGCUCCAACAAUAAGGUGCCAAAUCACAUCUGAGUUCCUGUCUUUCCACUUCCACUGUACCUGCAUAAAUUAGGGCUCUCCUUCAAGGCACUGUGCUUAGAAAAGUGACUUGUCCACUCUCACUGGGGCAUAACUUUGGCCCUGAGCUACCCAACAGCCAAUGGCACUGAUUCUAUUACCACAGACUAACUGCAGACUGCCCAGGAGUCUCUGGCAUUCUCUUGCUUAUGCAGAGAAUGGACGGGACACCAUGAGGACCUGUCAAUUUGUUUUCAGUAGGCUAUAGUUAGUUAUGAAGGGUCAAAAUGAGGGUCAGGAAAACACAGUCUCUCAUCAUUCAUAUAGUUUUGCAUGAGUCAGUCUUUCUGGGACUUUAGUUUUCCCUUGUAAGAGAUGAACUCCUAGAUAAAAGAGGGUGAUAAACAUGAGAAUGAGUGAUUAAAUCACUUUGAGUCAAGGACCUUGUUGAAGAGUCAUUCUAGGGAAAGCUAUUUUGAAGAAAUACUCAGAAAAAUGGCACAGAAAGACAUGCUUACAUACCUCAGAGUUUACAUACUGUGAUAGACUAAAUAAUGGCCCCUCAAAGAUGUUCAUAUCCUAAUCCCUGGAAUUUAUGAAUGUUACUUAAUACUUUAUAUGGCAAAAGAGACAUUGCAGGUGUGGUCAAGGUAAAGAUCAUGAAAUAUUAUCCAGAAUUACCCUAAUUGGCCUGAUAUAGUCACAAGGGGCCAUAUAAGAGGGUAGCAGGAAGAAUAAGUCAGAGAGAAGGCAAAGUGGCAACGGAAGAGGAGUAUCAAGGAGUGUCACAGUGAUGCCUGAGAAACUGGACAUUGCUGGCUUUGAAGUGGAAGGGGGAGUCAUGAGCCAAAGAAGAAUGAAAGCAGUCUCUAAAAGCUGCAAAAGGCAAGGAAUUGGACUCUCCUCUAGAGCUUCAGAAGUAACACAGCCCUGAUGACUUUAAGUCCACUGAGACCUGUGUCUGACCUGUGUCAGAACAGUAAGAAAUAUACUGUUAUUAAUAGUUACAGAACUGUAAGAUAAUGAAUUUGCAUUUUUUAAGCCACCAAGUGUAUAGUAGUUUGUUACAGUGGCAACAGGAAAUUAAUAUACAUACCAACACACACAAUUGAGGAGACUGUGAACCCACAACCUGUCAUGAAUGACAUCCCCUGGAUUCAAACCUCUUCAAGGUAAUUUCUAGCACAAGCAUCCCAUGAUUCUACAUGCACUGAUGCUCUGCCUUGGGCAAAACUGUUAUUCCUGGAAAGUAAGUAAAUGUAUCUAUAACAUACUAUGUUUUAUAAAAUACAAUAUGUUCUAAUGUUUUAAGGUGUUCUAAAGUACAGAAAUAACAGCUGAAUAUACAUUUUGUAUGUAUUUAUACGCACUUGUAUGUAUAUACACUUCACUUCAUAUGUAUUUGUAUUUCAGCCAAAACUACAAUAAGCAUAUUUUUCUUCUCUUAUUGCCAGUUAGUAACAUCAAUAGGUCUAUGUACUAAAGACUAUUGCAUAAUGUGGCCAUAUUCCAGUUAUGAAAUGUAGGAAAAAACUAAUCUGAAACUGUGGUGAUUUAUUAAUUAUAUAAAUUUUAUAAAUCAAGAAUAACUGGCAUCUUAUUUAGUUUCUGCCUCCCAUUCCUUCACUCAGAUAGUGUCAGUUUGAGAAAGCUGUCUACAAAAUAAGCGUCUUUAAUUCUCCAAUAAUGAUUUAAUAGAUCCUUUAGGUUCUGUGAAAAAGGUCUGUAUUUUGUAGGUAAGAUAAAGUCAGUGAAAAACCAUCCAAGUUACUACUAGCUGAGCUAGAAUAAUAAAAUUUAGUAUGCAGUACAUACUACCUGCCAUCAGGGUAUGAGGCACUUUGAGCUCAUUUUCCUAAAUUUUCUGGGACCCACCCUUGUGGGGUGCCGCAAGCUGGCUGACCACACGGACUUGUUUCUUUCCUUCUGCCUGCUCUCCAACCCUUUUCCCCAAGCCUGGUGAGUGGGUGGGUAUUCAGACUAGAGGUGCCAACUCCCAUGUACAGCACCAAGCCGCGGAGUGGCUGCUAGCCCUUUACUUGCUCCACGGGCAUUGUGUGAGCACCCCCCAGGCUGUGCGCCUCUGAUCACGGAGUCUGCUGUGGUUGCUCAUCAAGUCGUCCCAGGCUUACAAUGGGCUCUUCAGAUCUCUGCCCCCUCUGGUCAUAAUAUUGAGUUUGUAAUGUCCCGAGUUUGUCAAUUGUGUACUUUGCAAGCGAAUGGGAUCGCUGGACUUGAUCUGCCCCUCAUCUGUGGUCCCAGCUGAUGGCGCUGUGUGGAAGGUAGCAUGCAGCCAACACUGAAAGGGAUCCCAGUGAUAAUGGCCUAAGGAAAUCAAGAAAAGUCACAGAAGAUGUGUAUAGUAAGUUAAGGUGAAGAGAAAACAAAUGAUCACUCACAUUUUCCUUCGUACUUUGGGUAAGACUUGCAUCUGUGGAUAUCAUCAAGAGAGCACUGUCUUUGAGAAAAUCCUUGGAUCAACAUGAUGAUGGAACAUAAUGAGUAAAGAUGGGACCAACCAUAAACGGUAUUGUUAGGAAUGUUAGGUAGAAAGACUGACAUGAGUAGCCGGGGGGAAGGGAAGAUAAGGCUCAAGGAAAAACUGCCCGGACUGCCCAGAGAGGGGGAUCCCAGUGAGGACAACAAAGGCUUUGCAGGGAGAGAACUUCUUGCUUAUUGGGACCAGGACAAAUUGGUCCCAACCUGAUCCCAACAUGGGCAUAACUGAACAAAACUAAAAACUGCCUGAAACACACCUCAUCAUAAUCUCAUUAAAAUAAAAUUGGGGUUUUGCUUUCUUCCCUUUGGGCUUUUCUGUGUACAUUCUGGGAAAAGUUCUGUUCACCAAGAGGAAUGGGUGUAUAACUAGAGCUGUCAAUCAAAAGACCUCACCCUGUUAAUCAAAGAAAUGCCUCCCAGCUAGGUCAGGAUAAACAGACCCUCCCCUAAAAGUCUGGUGCCUUGGUCUACUUUGACUCUGGUCCACUCCUCCUUUGGAGUGUAUUCAAAUAAAACUUUUACUC